UCUGUGGCUCGAACCCGGGUUACUGUGAUAUAAACAUCAACAUUUAUACCACUAAACUAAAGGAUACUUAGUACAUUGAUUACCGAAACUAAUAUAUAUUUAUGAAGGAUUUCUUAUAAUGGAUCCCACACAUAACUGUAAUGUUUCAAUACUCACGUGUAACUUUGAUCAUCGAAACCUAUUUAGUAAAAUCCACAUUCUGCCCCAAUAAAACUUAUAAGUGGGCUAAAUCUCUUUUGUAUAUAUCUAGGAUUUUUAUAGUACUCUUUCUCCACCGAUAAAGCGAAGCGUUACCCUUUUAGCUUAUCAAAAAAAAUUCUAAAAUUUUUCAUCUUCACCUCUCUAUAUCUCCAACGAUCAGUUAUGGUACCGUUUCACCUCUGAAACGAUCCGUCUCAGUAUAUAUAAUUCCUCAAACAAACCUUGAGGCUCAUAUCUCUUAUUAAAUUACUCCUAAAUUGAACUGUCGCAGCUUUUAGCCAACCUUCGAAGAUGUCAGCCUCCAGUGUUGUUGUUGCUUAAUCGGUCGUUGUCCCCUCCGCCUAGAACAUAGUACCCAGGAAAAAGUAUUGACAAUUUGACUUUCUAUGGAAUACUAUAUAUCAUAUUUGUUUAAUCAAUAUUCAAGCUAUCAGUUUUAAUACUUUAAGCGUAUGUUUCUCUGGGCAGAAUUUUGAGAUCCACGGUUCUAUCCCAGUUCGUGUGAAUCACUACCAUUCAUCGCUACGAUAGGGGGUCGAUCGUGAAAGUUGAUUGAUCGCUUUGAAGUUGUCCGAUUAACUAAUAUGAUGUAAACUCUGUUUUGAUGGGCUAUAACGGAAAGUUAUUUGGUUGCUAGGACUAACAGAGGCUGCAAGGCUGGGUACGUCUCAGGCGGAGCUGAAGGACGGUACAACUAGAGCGCCUAUUGUCCGGUUUUUGUCGUGCCAACGUGCUAUGAAACUUAAGCCUUCCUAGGAGAAUCCAGAUCACUUCGAAACGUCAGCUGUCAUUUUCAACAGGUACCACCAAGAUGUAAAAAAUUUUAUGUUUGUGGUGUGGUUCGACUCAAGGUUGAAACUUUUGCUGAUGAAAUAAUGAUUUUGUGGAUGCAUGUCAAUUAGAUUUACGAGGCUACAAACUGUACACUGUACAUUGGCAGGGAAAAAAUGGAUAUGUAUGGUUCAGUUGUAACACCGGUGUGGUGCAAUGGGGAUGGACAUGGUAACCAAAGGUGUGCAUAAUGUUAUUGAGUUCCUCAGCGAUGAUUCCCCUGACAUGGAUGUGAUCGGAAUCUCUGAUAACUUCUUCUCCGACAUUAACAAACCUGCUGCGGUGAACUGCAUCGAGGGACAUGGAGUAAUUAGAAGAGAGAUAGGGAACAAGGUGUUGAAAAUGAGUGUGUCUGGCUUGGUGGAGCUCAAUAUACUCAAGAACCUCACCGUCUAUGUUGUUUCAGGCUCUCUAGGUCGAUUCAAAUCUCAUGCCAGCAACAUAGUGUUUGAUGUAUUCAUAGCUACUUGCCAAAAUCCAGCCCAAAACAUGGAGAGCUCUCAAAUUGAUGGAAGCCAUUAAUAGCAAUCACCGUACCUUCACUAUCUCCACCAUCACUGAAGAUACCAUCAUAGAGAACCAUUGCAAGGCUGUCUAAUUUUACUUGUCAUCACGUUCAUGUAUUUCAGGAGCACAGUGAGAACAUUCUUCCAAGUAGUGAAGGUGACGUAGGAUUGACAUCAUCAUCGGGCCCGUCUGUUUUGGGAGACAAGGUCGAUGAGGAAUGUGCUGCAGCAGAUCCUCCAGAGAAUUCAGACGCUCAGAACAACCGCAAGCGCUACCGUGAGUGAUUGGAAAUAUCUAUUAUAUUCCUAUCAGCCCGUCAACGUCUUUUUUAUGCAUUUUUAAAAACUGCUAUUAUCUUUGUUUCCCAUCAUAAACUUUGGAUAUUUUUUCGCUUGCAUGUUUUCUCUGUUCGGAGAUUUUAUUUCUAUUUUGGAUUAUUAAUGAAACGUCGACGGGUUCUAACUCAUACAAGAUUUGUCAGUGGUGUAUUUUUUUGGUUUACCUAUUUGUGACAUUUUUUUUGUCCACCAUAAACUAUUUUUAAUAAAGUCGAGUAAAACUCUAAAAAUAAAUAAUUUUGCAACCGUAUAAUUUUAUAAAUUUUUCUAGAGUUAUUAAUUUUUUUAAAAAAAAUAGUUUAUUACAGUUCUAUAUUUUUGAAUUUAAUUUAGGUAAAAUAAGAAAAUAAUUUAAUUUAUUGUUCGAUAAAUUGUUUAAUUUUUUGAAUUCAAAUUUUAUAUUUUGUUCCUUACACUAUUUGUUUUAUAUACUAACAACUACCUAAGUAAAUACUAAACAACUUCAUAAACUUUAUCUUUUGAACAUGAAAGCGCUAAUAACGCUAAUGAUCGAUCAAAUCAUUACGAAAAUAAUGCAUAUGAAUUCGCCAGUCAUUCUUAUAUCAACUUAAUCAAAAUGUGUGAUUUCCAAAUGUUAUGUUCAUCACCAUUAUAUACAACACGGAAAAACAAAAGUGGAAAAAAAUAAACGACAAAAUCUCGUACACAAAACUACACAACGAUCAAUAACUUAUCCGGCUCCGCGCUUGCGCGGGGGCUAUACCCCUAGUCUAUAUAAUAGCAGUCUCUAAACAGGGUAAAAUGAUCAUUUAAUUCCUGAAGUAUUUGAAUUUUGUUAUAAAAUAACUUAUGAUUUUAUAAUAUUGAGAAAUUUAAAUAAGAGUAAAAUUUAUACCCGUAGGAGAAGAUAAUACUGAUAACAAGAGAAGAUUUGUUAUUAGAAGGAGAAGGAAUUGUGUAUUACAAUCGAUCGAAAUGAUCGAUUUAUAUAGAAGUGAAAAAGUUGAAGUUACUAUGCGUGCAUAGUGAUAGUGGGACCCAUAUUGAUUAUAAAGUCAAAAACUUAUGCGCCUCCUCCAUUUUCAACACGGCGCUUUUAUAACACUCCCCCUUGGGGACCGGUGUCGCUAUUAUCUCUCGCUUGACGUCUAUGUUGCCUCGUUAAAAACCUUUCUAGGAAAACCCAAUGGGAAAAACCAUAGUAAGGUAAAAAGAGUACAACUACGUAAGCUCCCCCUCGAAUGAGCAGUCAUAGAUCCUUUUGAUGACGCAUUCCAAUGUUACGAACAUGUUUUCUGAAUACCGAAGUCGGAAGUGAUUUUGUGAAGAGGUCAGCUGCAUUGUCGCAUGAUUGGACAUAUCUUACUUCAAUCUCUUUCUUCUUCACGAGCUCUUGAGUGUAUGAGAAGAACUUCAGAUGAAUAUGCUUCGUUCUAUCGCUUUUGAUAUAUCCAUCCUUUGUUUGAGCAACACAUGCUGCAUUAUCUUCAUAUAAAAUAGUUGGUUCUAUAUUUUCGUCAAUUCCACUGCUUGAACAGAUGUGUCGGCUUAUUGAUCUUAGCCAUACACAUUCUCUACUUGCUUCAUGGAGUGCAAUGAUCUCAGCAUGAUUUGAAGAAGUAGCCACGAGCGUUUGUUUCUGAGAACGCCAAGAUAUAGCAGUGCCUCCGAUCGUAAAAACGUAUCCUGUUUGCGAUCGGGCUUUGUGUGGAUCUGAAAGAUAUCCUGCAUCUGCAAAACC